GAGGAGUUCCAGUGAAGAGUACAAGGUACACUGGCACAGGAGCAGGGCCCUAUUUCUGCCGAGCAACCGAGGAAGAGGUGGCCUGCAGAGAAUGUGUAAUGCGAGAACUCUGGCAGGAAUCCUUGGAGGUAGCACAGUUUUGGCGGAAAAAGAAGCUUCAAAGUACAGCGCACCACUGGCAGGAACAAGUGACACAACAGAUGUCUAUGGAU